AUGAUGCGCUCAAAGCCCUCGUCUUCUAUGCAGAAGACCUACGAUGAGUGCUAUUUGAUGUGUUCUACGGCUGUCUACUUUGAAGGACAGAAUAACGAAGCCGAGGCUCUACGAUCAUGGCGCUCCGCCCUCGAAACUAUAUACUACCAUAACGCAUAUCGCGUGCCCCCGAAUUACGUCCCCAAAACCGAGACUGAAAAGGCUCUACAAGAGUCCCUUCGACAACUUGAAUUGCAAUGCAAGGAACGGGUAGAUUUACUAGAAGCCCUGCAGGAAAGUAGGAAAGAAGCCGCCGCGAAUAAUGACGAGAGUACCGACGAAAAAGAUUCUUCUGUGAGACCAAUGGGUCCCAGACCACCAAAGCUGGAAAAGGGAAAGAAACCGUCGACAAAUACCGGCAAUGCUGCUCGCAGCAGUCCGCAAGGAUGGAUUGGGAAUGGCACUAUUCCGGCCGUUGAUUACAACGAUUUGUCGAAACCUCCUCCUUUACCAACUAGACCUUCGGCCUCCGCGGCAGCGGUGUCGUUAACGCCUGCUGCGUCUCUUGAAUUGAAAGAGACGGCUCCUUCGUCUUCAUCGCCCCACAAACUUUCGCCGUCACCUGCUCCAGCAGCUGCUUCUUCCCCGGGCACACCUCUUACGAAGGAAUCGUCUCGUGGCUCGAGUCCCGAAAGAAGAAAAAUCAUGCUCACGACGCUUCGUCAGAAGAAAGAUCCCAAAAAGUCCAAAAACAGAAAUUCCUCUUCUAGUCGCAGUGGAACUCGUCCGGCAGCGUCAAAGGCGGCCGGGCUUGCUUGGGGAACAAUCAAGAAACACCAUCCAGUACCUCAAGCGUCAGAGUCUAGUGACUCCGAUUUGCGUAAGGAUACUGAUUCGAAACAAAGACUGUCUGGCGAGGAUGUAUCCCGGAAAGUUGGACAGCCAAAGCCCGCUACCAGUCCGUUCUCUUCAGAUUAUAUUCCGAGUUCGAGCUGGCGUGAGCCUACCUAUCCGGACCAAACUCCGUCAAGUUUCGCUUCACCAUAUAUUGAUUCCGCUGCUGCGGCUGCAACAAAGUCCUUAACGAAUGAUGCAUCAUCUAAACCGCCACCGACUGCACCUAAACCACCUAUCAAGUCAUUACCUCCGCCGAAAUACCCGGUUUAUCGUAAAGAAUAUCCUUCACAUCCCGUCCCUGCUUCUAGUGAGAGAAAUGUUAGAACACCACCGCUCAACCGAUCAGCUUCCGCGACGCACACCCCGACAGUCUCAUCGUCUACCGGUGAGACAGCAGACCAGCCGAUCCGAAGGACACUCCCCAAGUCGCAGUCGACACCGCGGGUUUUCGUUGGAGAGAACCGAGCUUCUGUCUCGUCUGUUAGCGGAGACGAACCAGCUCGUCCAUCUCCACGAAGGGUAGAUGCGAGUUUUGAUGGCGCUGCCGCUGCUUCAGCUGCUACACGCAAGCCGAAGCCUCCUGCACCAAGACGGAAGCCUAGAAUUACGCCGCCAUCGAGUGACCAGGACUCUGCCGAGGAUGACAGUUCGUCUGAACGAGGAGAUGACGACCCCAAGUUACGAAAUAUUAUGAAGAAGCUACCCAAAGGAAUUGACAUCAACACGGCUCGACAGAUCCUAAAUGAUAUAGUUGUCAGAGGCGACGAAGUGCACUGGGAUGACGUUGCAGGACUUGAAACAGCGAAAAAGGCGCUCAAGGAAGCUGUGGUAUAUCCGUUCUUACGACCGGAUUUAUUUAUGGGGUUACGGGAACCCGCUCGGGGCAUGCUAUUAUUUGGACCGCCAGGUACAGGAAAGACGAUGCUUGCGAGGGCGGUAGCGACAGAGUCUAAGUCAACAUUUUUCUCUGUAUCUGCAUCAACAUUAACGUCAAAGUGGCACGGAGAAAGCGAGAAACUUGUUCGAGCAUUAUUUGGACUUGCCAAAGCAUUAGCGCCUUCUAUUAUUUUUGUCGACGAAAUUGAUUCUUUACUAUCUACCCGGUCAUCGGGAUCGGAACACGAAGCAUCUCGUCGAUCGAAGACAGAGUUUCUGAUCCAGUGGUCUGACCUCCAACGAGCAGCUGCAGGUCGGAACCAAUCACUGGAUAAGAAUCACGAUGGAAGCGGUGAUGCAAGUCGAGUAUUAGUAUUAGCAGCAACCAAUCUGCCAUGGGAUAUUGACGAAGCUGCUCGACGACGAUUCGUCCGUCGACAAUACAUCCCUCUACCGGAAGACCACGUCCGAGAACAACAAAUCCGCCGUCUGCUCAGUCAUCAAACCCAUGAAAUGUCAGAUGAGGAUAUACAAGUUCUCGUCAAAGUUACCGAAGGAUUCUCAGGUUCCGAUAUAACAGCCCUCGCCAAAGAUGCGGCAAUGGGUCCGUUGCGUAAUCUCGGAGAGGCAUUAUUGCACACACCAAUGGAUCAGAUUCGACCGAUCAAAUUUGAGGAUUUCGAGGCUAGUUUGUAUACUAUUAGGCCGAGUGUGGGCAAGGAAGGAUUGAAACGAUACGAGGAUUGGGCGAGAGAGUAUGGAGAGAGGGGUGGAUGAUCUUUAUGAAUUAUAUGCAUGUUACUCAUGAGUAGGUAUAUUGUAUGAUUAGGAUAGUCAAUGUAUGCAUCGAUGCGACGCAUUGGAAGUAUCGGGAUUAUAAGAUGAAUUCAUAUCUAGUUUUUAGUGUAACAAAGUAAAUGUACAAUAAUCUUCCGAACAACAGGUAAUGUACACACACGGCACCGAACAACAAAAUCCUCUCAAGCAUUGGUUUGAGCUUCAGCAGCAGCCCUCUCAAUAACCAAAGCCCUAAUCCGACCAAUAUGCUCCUUACUCUCCACAACCCGUCUAGUAGCCUUCUCAACAUCCACUCCUUCCUCUGCAGCAACCUUACCCGCUUUUCGAACCAACUUCUCCAUCCUCUUAUUCACCAUCUCCGCCUCUCUCUCUUCGCGCGUCAAAACAGCAGGUCUAUCCUCCACCGCAACUCCAAACGGCGAAAUAAUUCUCUCAACCACAUGUCUCACCCUCGGUGCUCGUGGCGCCCCCGACGAGAAUUCAAUAACGUCCCCUUGACGGAGCGAAUUGCGUGGAUCAUGCACGAGAUAGGUGACUGUCUUGGGGUAGUAUUUGCGUACUUUUCGAUCCCAUUCACGGGUUUGAUAGGAUACGCGCACGGUUUUGUCCAUUAGGCCCACGGAUGUAACGGUGCCGCGAUUGAGGGUGUAAGGGUAUUGGCGAAGAGAUGGCAGGGGGAGGUCCGCGGGCCAGAAUGCUUGUUCUUCUGCUGUUUUGUUGGGUGAUGGAGUGGAGAGGAUUUCUUCUUCGACUUCUUGGACUUGUUCGAUUAUGUUGGGUGAGGAUUGUGUAGUAGUAGUCGUGGUAGUGCUGGUUUCUGUAUCCAGACGCUGCGUCUCUGUCGAUGAUUUUUGUUGCUCCUGAUCAGCCUCGACCUGCUUUUCCUCCUUCGGGGUUUGAUCCUGCGGUUUGUUGCCCCCAAGAAAAUCCCAGAUUGAUCGUCUCGAGUUGAUGGCGGUGGCGUAUCUGGUUUGUACUGGGAAGGUGGGUGUAAUUCUGCCUGCGGAUUUUGCCGCUGCCGUAGAGAGAAGCACACUGCUUCUUAGCAGAUUGCUAGGCGCCAUGUUCUAUAUUAUAAACCUGGGUGUAAGGCGCUGUCGGGAAGACUCGUAAAUUUUGUUUUUUGUCGACGACUGAGCGCCCUGUCAAUUAGACGAUUAUCAAACCAGUAAAGUCGAGUAUACCCAAUUAACCAAAUCCCUUUCAAUUCCUCACGGUAAAAUCACUUCGAAGGUUGCGGG